AUGAAUGACAAGAAGCAUUGUGGUAAAAUUGAGCUAGCCAACAACCAGCACUUUCAGGGGCCCCCAACCCUUAGCCUGGUCCCCCACCAACAGCCCCCAACCCUUAGCCUGGUCCCCCACCAACAGCCCCCAACCCCUAGCUUGAUCCCCCACCAACAGGCCCCAACCCCUAGCCUGGUCCCCCAACAACAGCCCCCAACCCCUAGCCUGCCUGGUCACCCCAACAACAGCCCCCAACCCCUAGCCUGGUCCCCCACCAACAGCCCCCAACCCCUAGCCUGGUCCCCCACCAACAGCCCCCAACCCCUAGCCUGGUCCCCCCACCAACAGCCCCCAACCCUUAGCCUGGUCCCCCACCAACAGCCCCCAACCCCUAGCUUGAUCCCCCACCAACAGGCCCCAACCCCUAGCCUGGUCCCCACCAACAGCCCCCAACCCCUAGCCUGCCCCCAACCCCUAGCCUGGUCCCCCACCAACAGGCCCCAACCCCUAGCCUGGUCCCCCACCAACAGGCCCCAACCCCUAGCCUGGUCCCCCACCAACAGCCCCCAACCCCUAGCCUGGUCCCCCCACCAACAGCCCCCAACCCUUAGCCUGGUCCCCCACCAACAGCCCCCAACCCCUAGCUUGAUCCCCCACCAACAGGCCCCAACCCCUAGCCUGGUCCCCCAACAACAGCCCCAACCCCUAGCCUGGUCCCUCACCAACAGCCCCCAACCCUUAGCCUGGUCCCCCCACCAACAGCCCCCAACCCUUAGCCUGGUCCCCCACCAACAGCCCCCAACCCCUAGCUUGAUCCCCCACCAACAGGCCCCAACCCCUAGCCUGGUCACCCCAACAACAGCCCCCAACCCCUAG